CAAAAAUUUUAUUAAAUCUUAGCUAUAGAUCUUGCAAAUAAUUUCUAUUCCAUUUAUUUAUCUAUUUGUUUAUUAAGGUAAAGAAAUUCAACUCUUUAAAGUUUAAAGCCAGCUCACAAACGGAUAUGGGCCCUUCAUAGCCCGGCAGAAUAUUCUUCCUUUUGCCAACACGAAAACUCAUAAAUAAUUGUUUUCCUUCAAUUGCUAUUGAAGACCAUUUUAAAAAUAGCAUUCAUUUAAAGCUUCCCCUAUCUUAUUGUUUGUUGAAGGACGACUCCUACAGCUUAGUAACAACGUAUUAUUGUUCAACUGCUUUUUUGAGGAAUUCGAGGAAUUUGAGAAAUUAAUUGAAAAUGUCGAUGCAAAUUGUCCGUGAAAAUCAAGGAAACUCUAGUAUUUUGCAACCAUUUGCCAAUCCAUUAUGGGCUCCUACUCCCGUGCACAGCAGUAAAAAUAGCAACCGACGUACUCUUAAAAUGUGCAUUCUUUUACCCGACAAUGGUUACGAUGUGACUCAAGUCUGCGAAUCUUGGCAAUAUUUUUUGAAACAAGGUUUCAUCGUUCAUUUCGCAACUUUAACAGGAAACGUUGCUCAGGCUGACCUAACACAAUUGAGCGGCUUCAAGUCUUGGUUCAUAGGUGCUACCGCAGAGACUUGCAAACUUUAUGAUAGAAUGUCCACCAUUUCAGAAUUUUUGAAACCUCUAAGCUUAUCCUCUGAUUCUUUUACUCUUAACACUUAUGAUUUAGUUCUUAUUCCAGGUGGCAAGGAUCCUGCUGUUUUGGAUUUUGUUCAUUCUUCUCGUUUGUCCGCCUUGCUUGCCGAUUAUAUCCCUUUAUGCUCUCGUGCUAGUGGCAACCAUGCUUUGGGAGCCAUCGCGCAAGGCGCAAUUGCCAUCCAUCGUGCUGUUCCAAAUCUUCAAAUAAAAUCAACGACAACACCUCUUUAUAUGGAAAGAACGUCAUAUUUGUUUGGUGCUGCUAACCCACCCGCGUAUGCCUCUAUGCUUAUCCCAGCGGACAAGUACGAAGCUGGUCCUAGUGCUUCCCAUUGGGUUUAUUCCGAUGAAAAGUACUUCUACGCUUCUGGUCGUCAUUCGGGCGACGUUGAACUACUUUGCAAAGCUCUUCGCAAUCUUGUCAUGAGUGCACUCCAUUGAUAGAUAUGUAGUUUGCUUUUCUUAGUUAUUUUUUAGAUAUCUUUCUUUUUUUAUUGCGUGCUAUAUGUUGCUGAAUAUUAAGAAUCUUCUUAUAUUCACAGUUCCUGUUUGUUUGUCAUUUUGAUUGUUUUGUUUUUCUUUAUUAAUUUGACUGAUUCUAUUGUCGUGUUAAUUUUGAUUGCUUGUUUAUAUACUGUACUAAUGUUCUUUGGUUGCUCGUUUUCUUAAAUCUUUGGUAUACAUAGAGUUUACCGCUUUGAACAGUCAUACUAAUUUAUGGUACACGCAAUUGUUGUGUUGUUUAUGUCAAAGUUAUAACUAAUAAAUACUAUUUUUUAAAUGCUAAUUAUCUUUCUUACUAGCCUAGAAAUACCAACCGAUAAAAUACCAUUAAUA